UGUCUCUGUGUUAGGCCAAGUAUGUGAUCGUGGCCACACCACCUGCUUUGAAUCUGAAGAUGCACUUCAACCCUGAGCUGCCCCCGCUGAGGAACCAGCUGAUCAACCGUGUUCCCAUGGGCUCUGUCAUAAAGUGCAUGGUCUACUACAGAGAGAACUUCUGGAGGAAAAAGGGUUACUGCGGCAGCAUGGUGAUAGAGGAGGAGGGCGCUCCCAUCGGCUUCACCCUGGAUGACACAAAGCCUGAUGGGACUGUACCUUGUAUUAUGGGAUUCAUCCUUGCCCACAAGUGCAGAAAGCUCUCAAGCCUGUCCAAGGAAGAAAGGUUGAGGAGGAUCUGUGAGAUCUACUCCAAAGUGCUGGGCACAGAUGAGGCUUUGCAUCCGGUGCACUAUGAGGAGAAGAACUGGUGUGAAGAGGAGUACUCUGGAGGCUGCUAC